AUGGCGGCGGAAGCUUCAAAGGCAUCGAAGACGAGGCUCUCCUUGUCCUCUUUACGGCAGAUGAGGCGACAGAGCCGGCCCUGGGGGGCGACUGAACCUCAGUGUGCUCGAUGUGGACGGAGGGUGUCUAGAACUUCUGGUCACCAUCAUGAACUUCAAUGUGGACAUUCCUUUUGUGACCUGUGCUUAUUAAUAAUUGAUGACUAUAGUUUGAUUACAUGCCCUAGUUGUGAGAUUUCUACAACUGCAAAUAAGAGGCAAGGAUACUACUCAGUGGAUGGAUAUAGUAAAGAAGAUUCUUUCAUGGAAAAACUGCAGCCUAAAAAGAUAAAAAAUUAUUCUCGGGACUUUAAAAAGAUUGCUGAUCAGCUAACUGUUGGUUUUGAACAUUUAAUCUCUACAAGCAGAACCAUUUUGAACCCAUCAGCUGUAAUGGAGGAGAGCAAAAUUGCAGAAGAAAUUGAUGAAGCAUUGAAGACAGCAAGUUAUAAUUUUGAACAGCUAAGUAAUGCUAUAAAAAUGCUUGAACAUAUACACAGUAAAUCAAAAGAAGAAGCAGUCAAUCAUCUAGAGCUUCUGGAGAAACAGUUUAAUCAACUUUUUACUGCUCUUGCUUCCAGGAAACAGAAACUGUGUGAUGAAGUAAUAACAAAUACAGAUGACUAUUUAUCAAGUGUAACAAUGGCCAAGAACUACAUUGAAGAGAAAAAAAAUUAUUUGGAUGCAACUAUGAAGAUAGCAAAAGAGCUAAAAUUGGCACCUUCUCUGAGGACAUAUUGUGACAUGAGUCAGAUUAUCCAAACUUUGAAGUUAACAUUUGAAAGUGAAUUAUCACAAGUUAACUCUCUCAAACUAAGGAGCUCACCUAGGGUGAAUAUGAAUUGCAGUGAGGUCAUUUGUAUGUUCAACAAUAUGGGAAAGAUUGAAUUUAAGAACUCAGCCAAUUGUGAUUCACAAGAAAAUGACACUGGAUAUAAUUCUGAAAAUAAAUAUAGUCAUACAAAGGAUUUUCCCUACUGUGAUAAAUACCCAUCACUUCAAAAGAUAAAGGUUGAUGUGCCAUCUGUCCUAACUAAUGAAGCCUUGUCACCUGUUUUGCAACAUGAAGUCAAUGAUGUGCAUUUAGAAGCAAAAAUGUUCAAGUCACAGAAAGAGGUUGUCAUAACAUCCCCUAAAACUAUUGCUGCUCUGCCUCAAAUGGGAUCUAGCCCUGAUGUGAUCAUUGAAGAAAUUAUUGAAGAAAACCUAGAAAAUUAUCUUGUGGAGACACGCACAUAUCCAAAAAAGCCUCUUCAGAAACAAUCAUCCCUUUCCUUUGGAUCAAAAGCAGGUUCUCCUGAGCUGGUUUUUGUAAGCCAUGUAAUACAUCCUUGCCACUUCUACAUUCGGAGGUAUUCACAAAUAAAUGAUGUAGCAAUAUUGGAAAAGAAGGUGAACCAGUUUUGCAAUAAGAGUUCACAGCUUGACCCUUCACAUGUUUUGGAGCUAGGUGCAAGAAUAUUUGUCAACAGUAUUAGAAAUGGAAUGUGGUGCCGAGGAACUAUUACUGAAUUAACUCCAGUAGAAUAUGAAAAUAAUAGAAAACUUUGCAGUCCAACCAAAUUCUUGGUCCGUGAAGUUGCAUUAAUACAAAUAUUCAUGGUAGAUUUUGGAAAUUCUGAAGUCCUAAUUGUUGAAGGAGUUGGUGAUGCUCAUAUCAGAUCAGAACAUAUUACUAAGCAGCAUGUAGUAAAAGACUUAUGUAUGAUUCUAAGGAAGUCUGAACCAUAUAUUGAAGGGUUACUGAAAGACAUCCAGCCAUUAGCACAGGCAUGCUCACUGAAAGACAUUGUUCCACAGAAUUCGAGCGAAGGUUGGGGAGAAGAAGCCAAAGUAGAAUUUUUGAAAAUGGUAAAUAACAAGGCCGUUUUAAUGAAAGUUUUUAGAGAAGAUGAUGGUGUGCUUAUUGUAGAUCUACAGAAGCCACCAACAAAUAAAAUAAGCAGUGAUAUGCCAGUGUCUCUUAGAGAUGCAUUAGUUUUUAUGGAACUAGCAAGAUUUAGGUCACAAACAUCAAAGAGCCACUCUGAAACAAAUAUGACUUUACACUACCAUCCACCAGUUUUGCCUAAAGAAAUGACAGAUAUUUCAGUUAUGGUUUGUCAUAUAAAUAGUCCUACUGAUUUUUAUCUCCAGUUGAUAGAAAGCCUGGAUUUUUUGUUUCUACUAAAGACAAUUGAAGAAUUCUAUAAAAAUGAAGAUGGAGAAAAUCUAGAAAUACUCUGUCCAGCUCAAGAUCAAGCCUGUGUAGCUAAAUUUGAAGAUGGUGUUUGGUAUCGAGCAAAAGUCAUUGGGUUGCCUGGACAUCGUGAAGUUGAAGUUAAAUAUGUAGACUUUGGCAAUACUGCAAAAAUAACUCUUAAAGAUAUGCGGAAAAUAAAGGAUGAGUUUCUGAACCCCCCUGAGAAGGCAAUUAAAUGUAAGCUGGCCUAUAUUGAACCAUGUAGGACAAUGCAGUGGUCACAAAAAGCAAUGGAAAAAUUUGAAGAAAAGACUCAAGAUAAAUUUAUGACAUGUUCAGUCAUUAAAAUUCUGGAAGAUAAUGUGCUCUUAGUUGAGCUUUUUGAUUCUUUUAGUGCUCCUGAAACGACACCUAUAAGUAUCAAUGAUCAACUAGUCAAAGAAGGUUUAGCAUCUUACGAAGCAGGGUAUGUCGCCAAAGAUAAUUCUAAAAAGCAUACUGAAGUCUGGGAUCCUUCUCCAGAAGAAAUUAUUUCCAAUGAAAUAAACAGCAUAAGUCCUUUGUCUGCAAAAUCUCUACCUAGUGAGAAUAUCCAGUCUCUUUAUAACAAGGAACUUCCUGUGCAUAUCUGUAAUGUAGUAUCUCCUGAGAAGAUUUACGUUCAGUGGUUACUAACAGAAAACUUACUUAAUAGUUUAGAAGAAAAGAUGAUAGCUGCUUAUGAAAACUCAAAAUGCGAACCAAUUAAAUGGGAAAAUGAUAUGCAUUGUGCUGUCAAGACCCCAGACAAAAAUCAGUGGCGGAGAGGUCAGAUCAUCAGAAUUGUUUCAGACACGUUGGUAGAGGUCUUGCUGUAUGAUGUGGGUGUUGAAGUAGUAGUGAAUGUUAGCUGUUUAAGAGAACUUGAAGAAAAUCUAAAGACAAUGGGAAGAUUAUCUUUGGAAUGCUCUCUUGUUGAUAUAAGGCCAACUGGUGGGAGUGAUAAGUGGACAGCAACAGCUUGUGACUGUCUUUCAUUGUACCUAACUGGAGCUUUAGCAACUGUAAUCUUACAGGAAAACAACUCAACAUGGCCACUACCUGUGAAAAUUUUCUGCAGAGAUGAAAAAGGGGAGCGUGUUGAUGUUUCUAACUAUUUGAUUAAAAAGGGUUUGGCUUUGAGAGAAAGGAGGAUUAAUAAAUUAGAGGACAGUCAUUCAUUAUCCAAGAAGCCUCUAGAAGUCCCACUGAGAGAAGACUUAGUGGUUACUAAGGAAAUUAAAAUUAAUUUUGAACCUGAAAAGAAAGCUGCUGAUAAUAUCAGGGAACACAAGGUGUCUGCACUUAAAGAACAAAUUCUAGAGCCAACAGCCACUGGAUGCUAUAAGCCACCUGUUAUUCCUAAUGUGAAAAUAUUUGAGGCAGUAGUCAGCUGCAUUGGUGAUGAUGGAACAAUAUUUGUAGUGCCUAAAUUAUUGGAACAUGAACUAAUAAAAAUGAUGAAUGAAAUUCAAAGUAACUUGAAAUGCCUCGGUCUUUUAGAACCUUAUUUCUGGAAAAAGGGAGAAGCUUGUGUAGUAAGAGGAUCAGAUACUAUGUGGUAUCGAGGCAAGGUAAUAGAAGUUGUUGGUGGCACUAUCAGGGUACAAUAUUUAGAUCAUGGAUUCACUGAAAAGAUCCCACAGUGUCAUCUCUAUCCUACUUUGUUAUAUCCUGAUAAACCCCAAUUUUGUAUUCCUUGUCAACUCUAUAAUACUAUACCUGUUGGGAAUGCCUGGCAACCAGAUGCAGUAGAACUCCUGCAAGAGCUGCUUUCAAAGAGAGAAGUGGAAAUUCACAUAGUGGAAUUACCUAAAAAUCCAUGGGGAAAAUUAUCUAUUCAUCUCUAUUUUGAUGGAAUGUCACUUUCUUAUUUUAUGGCACACCACAAAUAUUGUGCUUUUGAACAGUCUGAGGAGAUACUGAAAGAAAAGCCAACACAUUACAAUACAAAGUAUGAGGAAGAAAUGUGGGAAAUAAAGUUUGAGGAAUUGCUUUUGUCUGAAACAGAGACUCCCAUUUUACCACCAUAUGUGUCUUCAUCUCUGCCUCCCCCAGAAGAACUCUAUGCCAUUCAAGUAAAGCAUGUUGUCUCACCUAAUGAAGUGUAUAUUUGCCUUGAUUCAGAAGAAAAUUGUAACCUGUCUAGCCAGCCUAGUGACACAGAUGACAAUGGAGUCAGCUGGGAAUCUGGGCCUGAGAGCCUUGAUGAAGCACUGCAGAGAUUCAAUAAGAAAGUAGAGACAUUCCCUCCUCUGACAGAUUUUAGAACAGAAAUGCCUUGCCUUGCAGAAUAUGAUGACGGCUUAUGGUAUAGAGCAAAGAUAGUUUCUGUUAAAGAAUUUAAUCCUCUGACAGUCCUGGUACAAUUUGUUGAUUACGGGUCAACUGAAAAGCUGACAAUAAACAGACUACGUCAGAUUCCUCUCCAUUUGAUGCAGUAUCCAGCUAGAGCCAUAAAGGUUCUCUUGGCAGGGUUUAAGCCUCCCUUAAAAGAUUCAGGAAAAACAAGAAUACCGUAUUGUCCCAAAUGGAGCAUGGAAGCAUUGUGGGCUAUGAUAGACUGUCUUCAAGGAAAACAACUUUAUGCGUCUUCAAAGGCUCAGGCACCAGAACAAACAGUGACAUUAUAUGAAGAUGAAGAGUAUCCAGUCCAUAUGCUACUAGUAGAAAUGGGACUCGCAGACCUAGAUGAGUAAUUCAAAUAUGUGACUUCACCCUCAGUCAGCAUAAG